AUGAGCGCCAACGCGACCAACGCCGGAUACGUCACUUCUGACGCCUGGAAGUGCUGCCAGUGUGGCACCAAAAACCUACGCACCCUCCACGUGGCUUGUCCGCCCUGCCGGCAUCGAAAAUGCUCGAACUGCACGGACACCGUCCUCAAGCAAAACAGCAACUCGAGACGACAAGACAAAGUGGUCCCACGGUCACAACACGGCCUCCAGCAAGCUCAACCAGACUUCCAAUCAGCAACCUUGCAGCAACCUCGACUUAUGCCGAUCUUUCAGUGCAUCAUGGGCUCUGUCAUGGACAGACUAAAGAGUUGGAAAUGGCAGGAUCUCGAUGGGAUGGUCGUGUUCUGA